UAACUACAACUCCCCUUUUUUUCGGGCGGUAUAAAGGCGGUGCACUGACGGAGACAACUCACAUUUGUCACGCAAAACUCAAGCAACAUGGCCGAUUUUAACGCUAUCCUCGAGAAGACCAAGGCCUUCAGCAAGAAGCCCCCAACGGAGGUGUACCUGGAGUUCUACGGCCUGUACAAGCAGUUCCAGGAGGGCGACAUCAACAUCGAGAAGCCCGCCGAUGCCGAGGGUGCCGCCAAGUACGAUGCCUGGCUGAGCCGCAAGGGACUCUCCGUCGAGGACGCCAAGGCCGCCUACGUCGUCCUGUACGAGAAGUACAACCCCAUCUACGGAUAAGCUACAGUUUACCGCCCCCUCUGCUACCAACCAAUAAAUCUUGACCAUCUGUGAACUAA